CAGGGGGAAGGCAGAGCCACGCCGGGGAUUGUCAGACUGUGCGGGAGUGUCCCUGUGGGACGGUGUUGAUGGGGGUGGAGGCGAGAGGAUGAGCGGCCCCGCAGCCCCGGCGCCACCAUGACGGGCAGCGCGACCUCGUGCCGCUUCGCUGAUUACUUCGCGGUGGGCGGGAUCGACACUGACAGCGGACUGGAGCCGGACGAGCUCUCCGCUUUAUACGAGUGGCUAGCAGCCGAACGACACAGCAGGAAGCAAGACCCUGCACGUUCGACCAAACACUCAGGAGAAAACUUUGAGCAAAGCCCACUGCGAAGAACAUUCAAGUCCAAAGUAUUAGCUCACUACCCUCAGAAUGUGGAGUGGAAUCCUUUUGACCAAGAUGCUGUCAAUAUGCUCUGCAUGCCCAAAGGAUUAUCCUUCCGGACCCAGGCUGAGAACAGAGAUCCACAGUUCCAUUCGUUCAUCAUCACCCGUGAGGAUGGCUCCCGCACCUACGGGUUUGUCCUCACCUUUUACGAAGAGGUGACCUGCAAGCAGAUCUGCAGCGCCAUGCAGACGCUUUACCAAAUGCACAAUGUGGAGCAGUGCAGCAGCAUUUAUGCCUCAUCCUCCUGCAGCAUGGACUCACUAGCUAGCAGCCUCGACGAGGGCGAUACCACAUCCCUGGCCAAGCUGCAGCGUUACAACUCGUACGACAUCAACAGGGACACCCUGUACGUUUCCAAGUGCAUCUGCCUCAUCUCCCCGCUGCCCUUCAUGCAAGCCAGCCGCAAGUGUCUGACGCAACUCUACAAAGCCGUGGCUUCCCAAAAGCCACCACCUCUGCCCUUGGAGAGCUACAUCCACAACAUCCUGUAUGAAGUGCCCCUUCCCCCACCCGGAAGGUCGCUGAAGUUCUCCGGGGUGUGUGGGCCAGUGGUUUGCCAGCGGCCCGGGCUGAACGAGCUGCCGCUCUUUGAUUUCCCGCUGAGAGAAGCUUUGGAGCUGUUGGGUUUGGAGAACUUGGUCCAGCUGUUUACCUGUGUGUUGCUGGAGAUGCAGAUCCUUUUGUACUCGCAAGAUUAUCAGCGGCUGAUGACGGUUGCUGAAGGCAUCACCACUCUUCUCUUCCCAUUCCAAUGGCAGCACGUCUAUGUUCCCAUUCUUCCUGCUUCUCUCCUGCAUUUCCUUGAUGCACCUGUGCCGUACUUGAUGGGCCUGCAGUCCAAGGAACCCAACGAUCGUUCCAAGCUAGAGCUACCACAAGAGGCAAACUUGUGCUUUGUGGAUAUUGACAACCACUUCAUUGAGCUUCCAGAGGACUUCCCGCAGUUCCCCAACAAAUUGGAAUUUAUUCAGGAGAUCUCAGAGGUGCUGCUCCAGUUUGGUAUCCCACCGGAGGGGAACCUUCACUGCAGUGAAAGUGCCACCCAGCUGAAGAACCUGGUGCUGGAUGACCUAGCCAAUGACAAGAAGAACGGAAACCUGACCAGCGAGACUAUCAACAUGUACCAGUUUCUGGAGGGCAAUGAGACCUUGGCCCGCCUUCGGGCCUUGGCCAAGCGAACAGGGGUGACUGUGGACAAAGUGGAGAUCUCGCGCCCAGUGGCGGCGGAGAGAGUGAAGGACACCAAGUGGCAGUGCCCGGAGGAAGACGUACUGGACUACAGGCUGAACGUGCAACUCCGCGAGGUCUUUGCCAACCGCUUCACUCGGAUGUUUGCAGAUUACGAGGCCUUCGUCAUCCAACCAGCUCAGGAUAUGGAGUCCUGGCUCACCAAUCGAGAGCAGAUGCAGAAUUUUGAUAAGGCUUCGUUUCUCUGUGACCAGCCAGAACCCUCCCUCCCCUUCCUCUCUCACUUCAUCGAAACCCAGAUGUUUGCCACUUUCAUUGACAACAAAAUCAUGUCUCUGUGGGAGGAGAAGGACCCCCUGCUCCGAGUGUUCGAUUCAAGAAUCGAGAAGCUAAGGAUGUACAAUGUUCGAAUCCCUACACUCCGCACCUCAAACUACCAGAAAUGCACGGUCUUAAAAGAAGCUGACAUGUGGCUUGUUCAAAGGCUAACAUCAAUCGACAUCCUGGUGCCAGAAGCCCAUGUGCUUUCCUCAGAAGACCAGGGCCAGACCGAAUCCCAAGCUAUUGAGCAGCGACUGGUGAAGAUUGACCACACUGCCAUCCACCCCCAUUUACUGGACAUGAAGAUUGGACAGGGCAAGUAUGAGCAAGGCUUCUUCCCCAAGCUGCAGUCUGAUGUCUUAGCAUCGGGGCCAACAAACAACAAUCGAUGGGCAAAUCGAAGUGCCACAGCCCAGCGAAGAAAAGAUCGUCUGAGGCAACAUUCAGAGCAUCUUGGACUGGACAACGAUCUGAAAGAGCCAAGACAGGUGCUCCUGCUCCAGCAGAACUCUAUGGUAUUCUGGGAGUGGGAUCAGGGCCCACCCCCACCCACGCGACCUCCUAAAAAAUCGUUCUCUGAGUGCUCUCUGAAAUACAUUCAAGAAGCCCGGAGCUUUGGGAAGAGCCUUAGGCAGCCAAAGCUGUCAGAUCUGUCGCCUGCUGUCAUCGCACAAACCAAUUGGAAGUUUGUUGAAGGACUGCUGAAAGAAUGUCGAAUGAAGACCAAGCGGAUGUUGGUGGAAAAAAUGGGGCAUGAGGCUGUGGAGCUGGGGCACGGGGAGGCCAACAUUACAGGCCUGGAGGAGAACACACUCAUAGCCAGUCUGUGUGACCUCCUAGAGAGGAUUUGGAGUCACGGACUGCAGGUCAAGCAGGGAAAGUCUGCACUGUGGUCUCACCUGCUUCAUUUUCAGGAGAGUGAGGAGAAGCGGGAGGGAGUGAUAGAGUCUCCAGGUGGAAAUGGACUGGAGCGUCGGAGAUCAGAGACUGGGUUGAACCUGCCAUGCCUCAGAGUGUCCCUCAUCCAAGACAUGAGACACGCCCAGAAUAUGAGUGAGAUAAAGACUGAUGUUGGCCGGGCUCGGGCCUGGAUCAGGUUGUCCCUGGAGAAGAAAGUUCUCUCUCAGCAUCUGAAGCAGCUCAUGUUCAACCAUAGCCUCAUCAAGAAACUGUACAAGCGAUACGCUUUCCUGCGCUGUGAGGAGGAGAAGGAGCAGUUUCUUUACCACCUCCUCUCCCUCAAUGCUGUGGAUUAUUUCUGCUUCACCAGCGUCUUCACCACCAUCAUGAUCCCGUACCGUGCUGUAAUUAUACCCAUCAAAAAGCUCAGCAAUUCAAUUACAACCUCCAACCCUUGGAUCUGUGUCUCGGGGGAGCUCGGGGACACUGGGGUCAUGCAGAUCCUGAAGAACAUCUUGGAAAUGGCCUUUGAGUGCCAGAAUCUGGGCAAGCUGACCACCGUUCAGAUCGGCCACGACAACGCGGGCUUUUUGGCCAAGUGGCUGGUGGACUGUGUGAUGGUCAGGAACGAAAUCACUGGCCACACGUACAAAUUUCCUUGCGGCAGGUGGCUCGGGAAGGGAGUAGACGAUGGCAGUUUGGAGAGGAUUCUCGUGGGGGAGCUGUUAACACCGGUGGUGGAGGAGGAUCUGAGCAAGCAGAGCCGAACGCCCCCUCAGCAGCGCUCCCCAACCACCGCACGCAGGCUCAGUGUCACCUCGCUGGCAGGGAAGGCCACCAAGCCCAAUUCAGGACAGAUCCAGGAAGCAAUUGGGGAAUCUAUCAACAACAUUGUGAAACACUUUCAUAAACCAGAGAAAGAGAGAGGCAGUCUGACGGUGCUGCUGUGUGGGGAGAACGGUCUGGUGUCCGCAUUGGAGCACGUUUUCCAUCACAGUUUUAAGUCCGCUCGACUCUUCCAGAAAAAUGUCUUCAUCUGGGAUUUCAUAGAAAAAGCAGUGCUUUACUUUGAGACCACUGAGGAGGAUGAGGAACUGCGGGAAGACUUGUUGCAAUUGAAAGCCUCCUGGAGAACGUUCUGUCAGUACGUAAAUGCCAUCAACUCUGCUCCAAGGAACAUCGGAAAGGAUGGAAAAUUGCAGCUGCUAUUAUGUCUCGGGGCGAGAGAUCACUUGCUAGCUCAGUGGUUCCCAUUGCUGUCAGAAUGCCCAGUCACCUCCAGGAUGUACGAAGAGGGAGCUCUGCUGCGGGACCACAUGAUGGUGAACUCUGUUAUCCGAGUGCUGCAAACCUUGCAGGAAUUCAACAUCACUCUGGAAGCCUCGCUGGUCAAAGGCAUUGAACUGUAGGCACGGGCUGCCCAAAGCCACGGCUCACAAAGAAUGGGAGCCACUCAGAAGCCUCCCGUGAUGUGGGUAGUGUGACACUAUAAGAAGCUGGACUGCACCAAGGUUCACAGUCCACAGCUUAACCUGUGCAGAAUAGCGCCCAGGGUACGUUUACAAGGCUGAAUAGUUAACAAAAGAGUAUUUUCACGUGUUAGAUGUGUGUAAAUAUGAUAUUGUACCUUCACUGCAAAGUUGUUCACACUGUAAAACAAGUUCACCAAAUUGAAUGUCCUCACACUGAUUCACAGACGAGAAGGUAUGGACGAUGUAGAAAAUGCCAGUGGGGAGUCUCCUGAUUCCUGAUCCUUGUGUAAAUAUUGUGCAAACCCAGCGAUCAGGUACCAGUGUGUUAAAUAAAACCACAGUGACAGACGCUCCCUUCAAUCCACCCCUCACACAAUGCGUUCUUGAAGAUUCUUUCAUUGGAAAAAUUGCCCCUGGAUUUAACUCCAUUACCCCUCCCUCCUUCCCCUCCCUCCAAAAAUAACCUUUUAAUUUAAGAGCGUUGUAGGUGACAUGGGUCUGUAAGUUGAGUGAGUUGCUUUUAGCCAAGGUAGUGUGUAAAUAGGUGGAGUCAGAGUCCGAGGUAGUGCUUCCUGACCUAGUUGUGGCCCAUCUCUCCCAGGGGAUCAGUGAAUGAUGACAUUGCAAGGCGCAGCCUGGCAGAACUGUAGGGCCAGAGCAGAGGCCUUGCAUCUCCUCAUUGACCUCCUGUCAGGAGCACCACCACCACGUCAGAAAGCACUGAACCCAGCACCUUCUGGUCGAGUCAAAAGACACAGCCUGAGAGUAUUUAAUUUUCAUAUAUUUAUUGGUCAAAACUUGAAACUGGAUGCCCAGCCGACACUCACUUCUGUUUAGUUGACUUUGAGAGAUCCAUGUUAGCAAGGAAAGCCUCUUCCUCCUGCUCUUCCCCAAGCCUCUUAGCCAAGUGCAAGUAUUAUACCAGGCUGAAUAUUGUGCUCAGUGUGUGCUCAUCCCACUAGCACAACAUUCUGCCCAGCGCUCCCCUGGUCACUGAGAAGAACGCUGAAAUUGGUCUGUUUUACAGGACGGCCGUUUGCAGCAAAUGCUAAGACAACUGCUUUAUCCCAGCUGGCACAGGGAGGAAAUUGCUGCUUUUAAACUGAGGGAUGGAUUGGUUGUGGGACCGUGCAUUGGGCUGAAUUGAGACCAUUUCUCUCUAAAAGGGGAGCCAGUUGUUUUCAUGCCAUGAUCCUGAUCGGCCAUUGUUUUCAGUGGACUCCGAGCGCAGGCUGAACUGACCGAUAACUGGUCGAAAUGGGAUUAUUGAUAGCGUGAGAUACUUUGCAAAGUAUCAAAGCUGGUCCACUCUCUAUUGUGUUCAUGUGGCUCCCAUUGUUGGAGUUUCAAACCCACUGUGAGAUUGCUAACCACCUGGGCUGCCUCCUGCCACAGUUAGGUACUGAGAGGUGUGCUUACAGUGGGGCACUUUCUCGGUACCAGAGCCACUCACUCACCCCUGCGAUUACAAGAAGCUGUCUGAACAGACCAACAACUGAUGGUCCAGAACAUUGGGAAUGUGCCUACUUCACUGUCUAAUGAUCUUUCAAUUGGGGCUUGGGGCUGGGAGGGUUUCGUGAGCUGUGUAUUCAGCUAUUUCAGAGGUGAAAUUACCACAAUGUUUCUCCCACAAAAUACACAGUCAAUUAAUUUUACAGUUUGUUCUGUG